AUGGAAAAGGUACGGAAGACCUACUUCGACCCUUUGGCCACCACCAAGGGUCAGAUACGCGACAUUCUUCGAGACCUCCCUCCAGGGUCGGCGCAUCCUUUCAGCCCUGAAAGUAUCUUGUUAUGCCGCACCAGAGACGGAAUUGAAGAGAUCCCCAUCUCGGGUCACAGCGAGGACUUCUUCUAUAAUGCGGUCGACCUCGGUCAGAUGGGCGAGAUACUACUUCGCCGAAUGGAAGGUUUCAAAAUUAAUCUAGGUGUAUUCAGCGACUUUCAGAUCAUGCAGGCUCCUUCCACCACGUUCAAGAUUCCCAUAUCAGACAACAAGAUCUCUAUCCUGGCAGUUUCAGAACGAUAUCCCACUUACUACGACUUGUGUUUCGCCGACGAAAAGGGCAGCACUUCUUGUUGGAUAUGCUCCGAGAUCAUCCCGGGUUUGAAACACAGCGGUGACCGCGUUGAUGGCAAUGACCUUCUCCACUACGCUACCUUGGACAAGGAUAAGCUGACAGAGGAGCCUAUCUGUGUCUUCAUUUCUGGGUUUCGAGGCACCCAGAUCACAAGGUUUCUGGGGACACACCCAGCACUCAUGGUGGCGGACCAUGAGGAAAAGACAUUGUACAUCGUCCCAGUUCCUUUGGACAAGGCAACCAUCGGCACCGCAACUCUCUGCUGUCCUCUAGUAGUAAAGCGCGAUGGGGACUCACUAGUCUGCUCUAUACUUCCUCGAGCCACAGUCGAUCCAACCAAGACCGUCGAAAGCCGGCACACCGAAAGCCCUUGUUUCGCUGAAGCCAUUUACAGCGCCGAACUCACCAUCACUGCCGCCCAGGAGGAACCUGUCCAAAGGGCGGACGAGAUUGUGGUUCCAGAGUCUACUCCAGUAGAGAUCAAGGGUGAACCUUUGAAGAAGCGCACCGCUAUUAUCACUACUAAUCCCGACACUCUUCCUGAUUUGGUCAGUUACUCUGACGUGCAGAUAAUUCGAUUCGGCACUGGCCUUGAAUUCGUCCAUUCAGAAAACACGACCGAAGAAGACAGCAACAAGUCUGCCGUCGUCCUUCCCUGUAUCUUCGGCUCUCGACUGGAAGGUCCAGUACUUCUGGCCACUGGAAAAACUCCAAUAAAUGUCCCAUUCAGCGAUUUUAAGGCGCUUUGCGCCUACUACGAACAGCUCGAUAACGUGGUUGUUGUCGUCGAUGAAAAGAUGACCGACAAUGCGCGAAACCUGGCACCCAAUUUGCGAAUCAACGCACUGUUCAUUGUACAGCUGAAAACCAAGCAAAACCUUGAGACUACCGACGAGAUCUCUGACGCGUUGAGUGCAGCAAACAUCAACGCGGUCACUGCAUUGGCUGGACCACAGUCACUCAUUCUGGCUCACGCUGGUGGCAAGUUUUAUUUCUACCGCGGUCUAGCAAACCCAAAGGUCCUAGAUACCUCCAAGCUGGAAUUUGGAGCGGACGUCACGGACGUCAUCAAGACAGCCAAUCUAUCUUCACUAUUGGUAGGCAAUAUCUUGAGAUUAUUCAACCUUGACGAGGACGACAGCGUUGUUCUGCCCUAUAUUUCCCAGGUUGUCAAGACUUAUGAAUUGCCAAAUCUAUUCAAGAGAAUGACUAUCGAAGAGAUCAAGAACAUGCUUGACGAUAUCACUGCGGUAGUCCCUCAGCUCCAGGCUCUUCUCAGCGAGAAUGACCUCCAGCGUUUGUCCAGGAAGCUCAUCGAAACACUCUCUUCCAAGGUCGACAAACUGAUGGGCCCUAUGCGAAAGAAAUACGCUGAGUACCUUACCACAGAAUUCGACAUCAACGACAAGGAAUCUGUAGUCAAAAAGAACAGGAUGCUGGGUGAGUUACGAAAGACCAGCAAGCAUGCCCAGGAUUCUUUGGCCACGGUGAUAUCGAGCUUGACGAAUAUGAUGUCGUCUCAGACAACUUCAAAGAGAACACAUGAUAUGAAGAGGCUGGUUCGAAAGAAUCAAAUUAGCAAUAACGUCGAAGCCACCAAGUCAAUGACUUUUGAAAGCCUCACGAAUUUGUUAGAGAACCAUGCCCAAGACAUGGGUGUUAUGCUUCUCAACAUCGAGACAAUACCAUACAAGGAGCUUUUGGGUAAUCUGCGGGGCUCUACUAUUGAUGCCAAGCCUGUUUGUGCCCUUGACGAUCGAAUCCUCCACCUUGACGGCUUUGACGCAGGCAUCAUCAUGGAGCAGUCCCAGAGCCAUCAUGACGGCCCUCUUCGAAGCCAGGCUGGGCCAGAUCACCCCGUACUUGCGCUCCCUUGCCUCAACAAGAACCGUGGAACAGGAGGCUCCAUGCUCGCAUGGGUAUGUUGGGACGAGUUCGUCAAUCUUGAGAGCCCGUAUACUGUGCGCUGGAUGGAAAAGUGCAAUGAGUCCCACAUCGCCGCACUACGAAUCAUUAUGCGAGAUACCCUGAGUCAGGCCACGAUUUCGCGAGAAUUCAAUCACGCAGCUGGAUCUCAUGAGAUUGGGCAGUUGAUGGGUUCGUUGCUCAUGGCUGCUAUGUCGAAGCUAGCGGGGAUGAGAACCUCGGUGCCUGUCGUACUGGACACAGCGGAAGACACUGUUACGAGGCUGAUGAGAGGUUUGUUUGGCAAUCUGAUGACUAUGGCCGGCUCUGGGGUGAGGCCUUUGAGUAUGGUUUGGCAACUCUUUGGUCUGGAUUCACCGUACGAUAUUCCUGCCUCUGACACCGAUUGGGCAUGGUAUGAGAACGUCGUCGAGCUAUAUCCUUACACCGGCUGGCCACGAGAGCAGUUCCACGACAACCUUGCAAAGCUCCUCGACAAGAUCAUCCUACGAUUUGUUACCAAGAAGGAAACCACCGCUCAAAUCAAGGCCAGUGCGAGUCAAAGUAUGUUUCAGUACUGCAAGCUUCGAAACAUACAACUCGAGCAUUGCCGCACCAUCAUCACCGUGUUUGAGAGGAUGUUCACCAACGACGAUUCAGAUGUCGCGGCUAUUGCUGGACGACUGCUAGAAAAUGUCCCCACCAAGUUGCAGAAGCAGACAUCGGGAUUUACAAAGAUGAUAACGUAUCUUAGGCAUUUAUCCAAGGGUGGCGAGAGACGUUCAACAGAAGACAUUCUUUAUGCAAGCGUGUACACAAAGCGCUCCGCAGCGUUCAAGGAACUCAAGACUUUAGUUGCGGAAGCAUGCGAGGGAAAGGACUGGGAUAAGGCAAAGAAGGACUGCCAAGCCCUUCUUGACAAGCACAAGGAGAUCGCCUCACGCUGGCAUGUUGAGCCUGAGAGGCUCAAGGUUCAGAACAUUCAAACCUAUCGCGAAUUGAUCAAUGCAAACGUCUCAGAGAAUACAGACCAGGCGACAAAGAACAAGACAAAUAAAACCGUCCACAGGGUUUUGGGCGAUGCUGAGAAGAUGAGGGUACCUUGGCAGGUUGGCACGGAUGCAGCGAGGAAUGGGGGCAUUGAACCCCUCGACGAAGCCUUUCUCGAAUUAGUCCUCACUGGAAACGGACCUGACACGGAAAAGGAGGACAAUUCCCAAGCAGUCAUCGCACCGGUUCCAGUUACUAAGGGAGAGUUCUCGCAAUUUGGGGGCUCUGUUGUUCCGGCUUUUAUCUCUACAAUGGAGAAGGAUCUUUCUGCCGAGGAUGUGUGCGACAUUCUCAAGGUACCUGUCUCUUCGAUGCGCGUAUUCAUCAAGGUUUUGAACCCUGAUUUUUCGUGGGAUGAUUUGGGGCACCAGUUCAAGAUGGUGGUUCUAGGGCUCUUGGAGAAUAGGACCAAGAGGGUGGAGAGCAGACCAGCGUCCAGGAUGUUGAGGAAGUGUUAG